AUGCAUGCCAUCUGCGUAACUUCUUCUCACAAUAUGUUGAAUCGUCCAGAGGACUACGAACUGUCAAGUAUUACGCUGAUAAAACAGUUGAAGGAUAAGACGAGGCGGGAUAAACGUCAGUUUUGUGCCUUGUUGACAUUACCGGAUCGGCUGUCCGAUGAAUUUAUUCGCCGUUACGAUAAAACGCACUGGCUUAGUACAGAUGCGAAGGAGGAUGAAACCCCUUUAGAAGUAUGUUGUCGACUACAGAUAAUUCAGUGGGAUAAUCAUGCGACGGAAUUUGCAGCAAUACAAGCCCUGCUUGAAUUCAAGCCGCCCGGAUGGAUGCCUCGAGGAAACGUGGGUACACCGACGUCUCAUUUUUUCAACCUAAUUAAAAACUGCCAACUCGACAGUUCGAUAAUUUCAAAACUGAAGCUGAAUUUCUCCCCGGCUGACAGACGACGCCGUUAUGGGGCGGUCCCCUACGAUUAUAGUGAACCUAAUCAGAUGGGCUUACUGCCAUUCCAUGAUAUAUUGCCUGCCGAAGUGCGAUCUGGCCAUGGCACUCGCAUAAUCGAUGAUGCAGAUUAUUCAGAUUUUACAGAAACUAGAAAACUCACCUCCGAGUAUCCUCCAGAAUUACCCGAACGACAGGGUUGUAAUACAGAAUCUUCAGAUGAAGAAUGUCUGCCCGAACACGAACCAGACGAGCCAUGCGAAGAGUGGGAACGUUUCGAAGCGUUGCACGACGACCCGUACAAACUGGAACGACGUGACAAGGCGAACCUCAAGUAUGAAGACAAAAUCGAGUUGGUUUGGGAAAAGGGUGGUCCGGGCUUGGUAUUCCAUACGGACGAACGUACAUGGCGUAAAAUGGACCCACUUCGUAAGGAGGAAUUUUUUGACGAACCGGGCUCCUUUGACUGGGAUAUUGAUAUGCACACAUACGAGGAUGAGACGGAGCUUAGUGUGGGGCCAACUCCUACAGGGCACUGGGGUAGUGCUCGUGAUACCACAGAUUUGAUUCAUAUACAGCGUACUGAAGAAUCUAUUGAUCUGCCACAUCCUUCGUUGGAUAAGAGUGCCUUGUUCCGCAGGGAAACAAAGGAAAAAGGAUUCGGUUUUGGUCUGAUGAGAAGAAUGGGCUGGAAGCCUGGGAUGCGCCUUGGCCGUCAUGCUGUUAAGGGACUGCUCGUGCCCGUUGAUUCCGAUGGUGGUCUACCUCCCAGAGUUCGUACUGGGUUGGGGUACUAUGGUCCUCGACUAGAACGGCGCCAACCAUCAGAGGACGUGCAUACUAAUAAACCUGUGUGUAGCUCGAGGACUGUUUACAUUCGGUCUGUUUUUGAUUCUCCCAGUUACGUCAGAAACCGUUCACAAUUGGGUCACACACCGAGCCUUUUGCGUCGUAAUGAUCCAGUAGAUGAAAUCAAGUAUCGUUCUGACUUCUGUGCUCGCAGCUCUCUUCAUUCUUCUUCUGAAGGCAAUUCGACUAAUUUGUCUGACCGUGCGACCGUAGCCACAACCAAGCAACGUACUGUGAUUCUUAGCCCGUAUGCAAAGGUAUCCAAGGAGGGUAUUUCAUUUGUGCCUGGUGGACUACUACGAUAACAAAAAAACCCUCGACUACGCCAUUCAUUCAGUAUCGUUCAUACUUUGUACACAGCUCCCUUCCACCUUGUACAGCUAUUGAUUUCAAUAUCACAG